GAUCACUGUUCAAGACUUCGUUUCUCGUGGGAUAUCGCAAUGUUUGAUCCGAUGCGGGUGAGAUUUUUAGGACAAGGAAUUUGAGAGACUGUCGUCAAAAGAGAUACAGACAGAAGUGUCUCAAGCUCGACAGAAGUGUGUCUCAAGCUCGAGAGUGAUGCUCCCUCUCGGCAAAUUCGUCGCAAACAAAAAGUAAAUGAACUCGAGAUGAACAAAAAGAACUACCUUACAAGUGUCAUUUCCUACCAUCCUUAAUAUAACUAAAGAAGUCGCCCGGGAAAUCUUUGGCAGGUUGCCGAGUACUAGACUCGCAUCAUCAAAACUAACGUUCUUAGUGUUAGCCAUAUUUCUAAUACUAGCGUCCUUGUUACACUACACAACUAGUACAACAAAAUGACAUCAACAUCCGAAGCCGCCCGCGUGUCCGCGAUGGAUGGCUUCACUGUGACGGUGCCCAACGACCGGGUGAACAAGAUUGCGGUCAAGGUCCCCGGGACGGGAGAAAAAUUGCGGUUGCAGGUGCCGCCAGGCGUUCCCCCAGGAGCAAAACUACACCUUGCGCUGCGAGAAGGCAAGUGGCGAUGUGUAGCUUCGUGGCCGAAUAUUAUGCAUUUGGGAUUUAAACUUGACGUCAUUGUUUUUGUUACUUACUUCUAGAAGAGGGAUAAAUGGAGAAUGAUCAGUGGUGAGUCGAAGGUGAACACCAUUGUUGUUGAGUAAGUAUCAGUUUUACAAGAAAACGAACUAGCAUCAGAAUUUUCUGUUUGCCUUGAUGUUGUAGGAAUCAAUUACUGAGCUGCAAUGGGUUAUCAUCUAAUCCCCACACCGGUCCCGAGGUGGACAACGCAGUCGAUGGAGGACAAGGUGGUCAGUGCAGCUUGACAGAGAAAAGCAAUACUGAGCCUUUGGUUGGGUUGGCUCCUUCUAGGAGCACAGUCAGCGCGCCUUCGGACUACAUUGUGGCUCCUGAAGACACUCCUGCUACGCUUCAAGAGGCCUUGCAAGAAGAUACAACCACAGCUAGGAAGUCAACAAGCGUGAACUUCUUUCCAGGUGCUGCCACGAAGCAGGGCAACAGUUGUACGCCGGGAAAAAAUCUGGAGGAUACAACAGGUUCAGCUGGCUCAACACUUUCGGCUCUGGAGAAUAGUCUCAUCUUGAAAGAAUUGAGACAGUGCUUAGAUACAUUGCAACUGCCGAAAAGUGCCUCUUGCAGUAGUUGUAAUAGAGAUGAUAUUUUUGAGGCUAGUAGCAGUACUGCUACUUCUGGGUCCUCUGCAGGAGUAACUUCUAGUAGUAAAGCUUCCGGCACAUUGGCUCCACGUUCUAGCAUUGUGCUAGUUGAAGACGCACAUGGAGGAUUUGAGGCUGCGUCUGCGUUGUGGAUGGGUGACAAUUCGCAACAGGAGAUGUACGAAGACCUUGCAACGACACCCUGCCCAUUACACAUCAUGAUGACUGCAGGAGGGGCAAAGGCGGAAGACCAACAUCAGGGCUUAGAGGUGACAUUAGGACAAGGAAUUAUUGGAGGAUCACAAUUUCAUCUAGGAGAACAAGGACAACUUCAAGGAAUAGAAAAUACUGGAGGAUCUCUCUCUACUACUGGAAAUCAGAGUGAUGGCCAGCCCUCCAAACUCGACGCGAUGUUCAAUUUACAGGCAAAGUAUGAACAACAAUGCGUUUCGUCGAAAGAAGUGGCGGACUUUUUUGACAUUAAGGGUAGGUUAAAGGUGCUUCUCUUACCGUUUGUUAUGGCUCUCCUAAGGGGGACAGCCAUAGCAACCGGGAUGUAUAAACGAAUAGGAAAGACCUAUCUCUAAUGGCAACUUGUCGCCUUUGGAACGACCUGCAAAUGGUGGAGGUGGGAACUCGUGUAAACAAUCUACUAGUACGACUCCUUUGGAGUACGACUUCUCUGGAUCAUUUCCACGACCACCUCCAAGUACGAACUUCGGGGUUAGAAGUGGAAGAGUCACGACUACAUCAACACCAACAUCUGGGACAACACCUGUUCUGGGUUCUAAGAGUACAACUAACAAUUUCAGAGGAUCCACUACCUCAACAGCUCAAAUGCUACCUCGUAAAACCGCAACGCCCACAGGACCACACGACAACAACAACUUAUUUCAUUUGAUCGCGCCUGGUAGUUGUUCUUCUAUGCGUAACAGUGGUGUUGCAGGUGGGAUGAUAUUAGCAUCACCGCCAGACGAUCACUACAACCACGUUGAAGGAAGUUCUGACGCGCCAGCCUUGCCAUGUUUGGGCUACAACAAGAACCAUAGCACAUCCGAGGACAAGCAUCACUACUUAAGGCACAAUAUGAUUCAUUUCCAAGAAUGCUCAUUUCUCUUUGUUUCCUUGUGAAAAUUGGGAAUCUACAGUGGAAAUAACCCAAGCAAGAAAGAAAUGAAUUGUUUUGGGCUCUACUAAACUAUGAAAAACAAGGAUCAGGCUUGACUCAGGGUAGCACAACAACGACUCACGCGAACUAUAGUUCAGUGGAGAGGUCUAUGUUCGGAUUUUCGAGUCAAAGUACGACGCCUCAAUGCAGCUCUAAAAAUGUACAAUUUUCCAAUGGUUACAGUAUGUCUAUGUAAGUAUAUUUAUAAUCAUGUGUAGUCAGUCUGAUGUCAUUUCAAUUGGAGAGCACAACUGAAAAUUAUCAUUUUUCAAUCCAUGCGCUUUUACCGGCGUGAACCAAUUUGAAUCCAGAGGACUUUUGCUAUGAAGGAACCCUAAACAAUCACGACAACAGCCCACGCCGAUCGAGUCCUUGGUUCCUCCUCCGUCUGACAACUUGGCCGUUCCUUUGAGCGUUGGCCGCCUCGUUCCCGCAGUGUAUGAAGAGACGCGUCCGGUGUCAAGCGACGAUCGUGUCUAUUUCGAAGACCCCGAUCGUACUAUCGAGCCCAAAUACAUCACUGCGGCUGCGCGGUCGGUAGUUAUGGGAACGUCAUCAACAUCAAGAUGUGGAGGUAUUGCCGAUUGGUCUGGAGUUGAAGAUCCAAACGCAACAACAGCGCCUUUUGCUCGCCCACUGCGUACCCGACCGAUUCAGGGCAUUGCUUUGCCUCAAGUCCAACUCGCUGCUUCGAUGCCUAUUCAUGCUAGACCAAGAAUGCCGUUUGCAGGAGAUGCGACUACAGGGCAGAUGAACGAGGAAAACGUCAACAACAUGAACCAAAUGCCUCAAUAUGUACAGAAUAAACGAUCCUCGAUGCUAGAACACCCAGGAGGCUGUAACAGCAAUUACACCUCGGCAGCGUGUAGAAAACGAAGUUUGUCUCCGGUUGUAGCGCAGCAGCCUUCAAUGGUUAAGUCUAGUAAGGAAGUUUUGUAGAAAAUGGCUACCACUUCUUUGAGGCUAUUAGAAUACGCCACUUUGUAAGAACCUCCACAAGAACUACAAGAUGCCUCUUUCUAAUCGGCACAAGAACAUUCCUCACGUUCGAGCGGUCGUCGUUCCUUCGCAACUGGAGUCGAGUGCGCUUUCGCAAGCGAUUCAGAAUCACGAGCGCUUUAUGAGCCGCGAGAAGAAAAUCGGCACGCGCAUUUUGGGUGGGACGCAAAAGGUGAGGGACUUAGCGAAGGAGGUGGACUUGACCGAUGCAGGUGGGGAAUUGAUCAAUGAGAAUGUUAAGGCUCCCCCUCCCACCGGUCGUCCAACAGCCUCUUCCUUGCUUUAAAUUGUUUCCUUGAUGUUUUCUCUAACCUUGCAAUUCCUAAUUAUAAUAGUAAUCCUCGUGUCUUUAAGUACUUGAAACAAAAUGUGAAGCAAGCCAGAGUAGAUGAUAAUAUCGGGGACGCGAACGCGGUACUAGGUCUAAGAAAGUGCGAUCUCUGCGUAAGCAGUUGAAGGCUGCCUGUGGUGUCCCGAAUCGGUACUAUGCUCAAAACGCUGAGGCUGCGCGCGAUCGAAGUAGGAGUCAAUCGAGAUGCUUUCUCGCUUGCACCGGAACUUCCAACACAGAUAAUUUCCAGCUUCCAGCAGUAGAACAUGAACAUGUUGUUGUUGAUCAGCAACAAGCACAACUAAACCUCAAUGUCGGAGGAGGUCAUCUUGGAGGUCCUCAACAUCAGCAACAUUAUCAACCUCAACGUCAUCAACCUCAACGUGGACGAUCUCUUGGAUGCAACUAUAGGUUUGGAGAGAGUGGUGAAAUCCAGCAUCAAAUGCAACAACAAAAACCAGUAGUAAUGAGUCCUCCCAAGGCACGAUUCGCGAAUUCCAGUGUCCGCAGUUUAACUCCUCCAGCUUUAGAUUUGGUCUCGAAAAGCUAUGCUGCCUCCAUUACCUGCGAGAAUAACAUUCCUGCUAUUGCGAACAACUUCAUCAAGAACAGUGUCAAUCCUCUAGUAGCGAACAGUUUUGGGACUGGACGAAAUGUAAAUGGAACACAAGAACAGCUUCACCUUCAGGGAGAUGCUGGUCAACAACUACAACACGGAGGCAGCAACAGUAAAAUUGGCACAGCCCGCAGCGGCAGAUCUCGCUCCCCAGAAAUGGCCACAGUGCUGACACUAGAUAGCAUGAGAGAGAUGCAAUGUGAACGAAAAAAUCCAUUUCUACCGCCUCCACGCGGCGUCGAGAAUACUCCACCUCCUGCCGGUUUUACUUAAGGCUGGCUACCCGAAAUUCAUCUUGUUCUUGUAUAAAAAGCAUCUUCUUUGGCUUCCUAGUUGUAUCCCUUUUGUUUUGUUAAGGGAAAGAAUCAGAAUCACUGGAAAGCUAGCACGUCAAAAUCCAAGUAAGAUGUCUUCCGUCAAGAUGAAUGCUAUAGUUUAAAUAUAAAUACAUAGUAAGAUGUCUGCCUUCAAGAUGAAUGCUACGUUGUUCUAAUUUACUAGUCAGGGAAUAAAUGUCAGCAUGGGUGCGUCCAACAACAACUCGACUUCUACGUCGAUGAACUUGUCUCCGCCGCCUGGACUAGAGGGAGUGAACCUGGAGCAACGUUUGCAGCAACAGCAGCAACAGAUUGUAGCUUUGAUGGCGGGACAAAUGGCAAAUAAUAACUUCAACUUCCUCCACAACAAUGCAGGUGCUAGUACUAUGCAGAUGAUGAACCAGGAACAUGUUCAAGACUACCAAGAGCAAGCGAGCAAUCCAGUGAUCACGACGACAGCACCCCCUACUAAAUUGUUCCACAUUGAGGAGGGCAACAUUGAGGAGAACAACUGUUCUUUUCUGCAUCAACAGGCAGCAACAUUAGACCCGUCCAGGAUUGAGUGGCAAGAUGAAUUUUUGCCUGAUUUGAUGACGUCGAAGCACGGCAAAGUACCGGACGUGGCGGAAUUGUUUCGGGAUCGGUACUACGUCUUAUAUAUUCACCAGUGAAGAAAGUACUUUAAUAUAACGUCAUAACGAUAACAUAAUGUUCAUGACAAAUUACGUCCUCAUGUACUCAACAGUCUUUCCCGCGUUUCCAACGCGAUGUUCCGAACACGUUCGCAACCGGCUAUGCAAAUUGCACGGCAACUGCCUGAGUGCGUCCAUCCUCUCCAACCCCCGCUUCCGGUGCAGCAAGUCUCUCUGUCGAAUCAUAUCAAAGUUAAGACGAGCAGUUCUUCAGCAGUUCUUCUUGUAGUGCCACAGCGAAUAAUCCUAAGAAGCAGAGGUUUCCAAAAGGUAUAGGUGUUGUUGAGUUAUCAAUAUGAAGGAUAAGGAUGCUGAUCGUAGACGUAGGUAAGCGUAAGCUUAUUCACCUCUUUUUCUCCUCUAACAAGCACCAUUUUGAGGGGAUCUACAAACCAGAUAGCAUAGGUCAGCCGGCUAUUUCAGGCAUUCCUGGACUGCAACCUACUAUCGAAAGACUCGGACGCCCACGACCGUUGGCGCGUAGUGAUCUGAUCGCCAACGUGCGAGUGUACGAACCUAGUGUCGGUGCGACACCUUCGAGGAAGAUGACGCUGACUAUUAAGGCUCAGGGUAAUUCAUAUUCGCACGGGAAAAGUCUCUGUUUCCCCCUCCCUCUACAACUUCAGUAUUCACACGGGAAAAGUCUCUGUUUCCCACUCCCUCUACAGCUUCAGCUCGAUUCUUCUAAGCAGAGAGAGAGAGAUGGUUAAGCAGAGAAGUUCACAUCAUCAUCAUUAGUAUCAGUAUCUGUUUUUAGAAUGUUUAUCCAGAAGGUCUUCUCGUUCUCUAACACAUGUCGCAAAAUCCUGGACCAGACCUUGGUGCCAUGUCCAGGAGGUGGCUAUGCGAUGAAAUUCGGCUGUCGACCAGCGUUGCCAUUAUGGGGACCGCCUGGGGUGUGAUGUUGAGGUCCAUUGUGUUGAGGUUUAUUGUUGUCCAUUAUGGGACGUGAUAAGAUUUAUGCGUUGCGCGACAUUACGAAUUUGAAGUAAAGGGAUUCGAAUUAUUUACGAUGAAUCUAGAACAAGGACCUCAGGUACUAGGAAUACAAAAAGUUAAAGCGUCAGAUUUUGGGAUAUGUAACAUUUAAUGCUCCGCUUUUGCUCUCUGGUACUACGUAGUGACGAAUUUCAGGAACAUCAUGCUCUGAUCAAGUCAGAUAAUCCUGUCUUCAUUCCAGGUGUGGUCUCUUUUCAUGAAGAAGAAUAGGGAUUUGUCGUCAUGAGACUAAAACAUCAAGGUACAUUUUGCUGCAAGAUUCAUGUGCGGGUCAAAAGACAUAAUAAUCUAGUUGGUGUGAUUAAGAAUGAAGAUGACAUUCACAAAUUUAUCUGAACAAAAGAAAUGAACAGAAAAAGAUUGCGUCCUCGGAUGCGAAAUAAUAAAUGAUACAGACAUUUUCAUUUAAAGGCUCUCACUAUUGUGGAUCACUCUUACGUAUACGUAGACCGUACAACAAAAAACAGAAGGGCUGUUGAAUAGCCUGAGAAGAAGAAGCAUCAUCUUAGCAAGAAGAUCUUGGAUGUUAAUGAAUUACAGCUAAAUGCGUUCGUACACGUACUAGCAUGUUGUUGAAUGAAUGAUUUUUUCCAUAUAAAAAUGACAAUGAGUUUCUUCUAGAUACGUAAAUACAAGUAGAAAAUGCGGCACUUCUUCGCUCACAGAAGCUAUGUAAGUAAUUCAUGAUAACAUCACACUAAAUCACUACAGUGAACUUUUUCAUAUAUGUUUGAUCUUUCAGCUUUUCAUCAGGUGAUUCUAUUUGAUUUCGAUCUUCAUCAAAUAAAUUUCCUAAGAGCCCCUCUGGACAGGUUUCCCCUACGCCGCCAAAACCUCCUUAUGAAAACGACAGCCAAGAAGAAACAAGUUACAAGUACAGUAAAUUGUUUGUUUGUAAAGAUUCUUUACGAAAGAUGAAGAAAAAUCGUUCCCCUUAUCCCAUAUAGAAAAUUACCAGUAUUUACGAGCCCUUUUGAACCACCUCUGUCGUCCAACGAACUGAGACUGCCUAUGCUUUCACAAUUUGGUCAUAUCAACAACACUUCUAAUGCACGCUUACCGAUUCUUCAUAUGAUUACCCAACAAGAAUAAGUUUCAACCUGUUCGAUUCGACAUAAAAAUCUAGUACAGUUUUUUACCCUGAAGAUGAAUGACUUCGCAUUUAUGAAAACAAGAAGAAGCUACUUCAUUCGGAGGACCACGAUGAU